AUGAAUCGAGCAUCGAGAAGUCGAGGUAACAUACAAAAUCGAAACUUACAAGCACAACAAAAUGGCAACAAUAAUGAUGGUGGAACAAUGGACGAUGAUCGAAGACGAAAACGUUUUCGUCAGCGUAUCAACAAGAAGAAUUUAAAUGCUAAUAUUGCAAGCAAUAGUGGUUGUCGAAUGGCUGGAAAGUUGGAUACAAAUAGCGAAUUGAUACAGCAAGAACAAAAACAGCAGGAAAUAACGACUGUGGAUGGAAAGAUGAUGAAAACACCGAAUGAUUUUAAGGAGGCCUAUUGGUAUUAUGAUCCAAAAACUGAUGGUUUCUAUUAUGAUUCGAAAGGUUCCCGUGGCUGGCGUCGACGAAAUCCCGCUCAUGAAAAAAAACUUCAAGAUAGAGAUGGAUUAUCAUGCUUAUGGGCUGACUCAAAUUUUGUUCCAUGUGGUGGAAGCGAUCUGUAUGGAUAUCAGUAUAACAAUAUCAGUCAUUUUUCCCCUCAUAUUCAAUAUUAUGAUCCGGAAACUGAUGGAUACUAUUUUGAAAUGCCUUCCGUUGAUGGCUGGAAGAAGCGACAGCCACAUUCCAUUAGCAACAAUGUUAUACCAUCACUAACAGGUUACAGUAACAGUCGAAUGAUCGUAAAUCCGAAUGCACUUGCGGUGUCGCAGCCAAGCGUUGCUGAUGGAAUGAAUGUACCACGAACAUCUUAUGGUGCUGCUCUAGCUCGAGGACAAUUACCACCGUGCACUAUUAGAACGAAUAAUGCUAUUACGAGUACUUCUACAAAUAUAAAUAGAACAUUGAAGGAUACAUUCUCAAACGCUGAGUUAUCAUUUUCAACACUCUCAUCGAACGAUGAUUUUGGCGCUGCAUCUUCAAUGAUGUUAUUUGAUAAAACAGAAUGGGAUAAAAAAGGGAACAGCCAAGCAAAUUGCAAUACACAAAAACCUUUCUCGUAUGCAGACAUCGUUGCUUCACCAUGUGAUACAAGUACAACUGCUAAUGAUACCCAUUAUAAACGACCGGAAACAUUGGACUUGCAUAGUUUUACGGAAGAAAAUGAUGUUGGUAAAGCAACGAAUGAACAAGACAUAAAACGAUCUGGAUUGACUAAUUUUAAUGCAGAUAAAUUUAUCGCUGAUCUUCCAUUCAAUAGCACGGAUCGAGUACUGCGAGACUUGGCAGCACUGAAAACACCAUGUUCUUUGCCAGUUUGCAAUAUGGAUUCUCCUCAUACGCCAUCAUCAUCAUCUGUUAUGAAAGGGUUGUAUUCACCAUUGGGAAAACCAAACCAGGAAAUCGGUUCCUACAGUGCUAUUUGCGAUAUGGAGGUAGUGCUAAGUCAGAUUUUAAGCUGUGCUGACGAGAAAGAAUGGGUAACGGAGGAAGCCUCGGCAGGAACAUCAAAAUUGAAUUUUUGGCGUAAUUCUGGUUUGGUUGCUGGAGUUGCCGGUGUUUCUUGUGACAAUGUAUGA